AUGGAUAGCGGGGCGUACACGAAGCCGCCCUGCGAGGAGUGCGGGGAGAAAAACGUGUGCAUGAUGAAACCCUCCAACAGGAAGAAGCUCUGUAGGGACUGCUUCACGAACGGCUUCGAAGAAGACGUGCAUGCGACCAUCCUAAAGAAAAACAUGUUUCAUGAGAAGGACAAAAUCUGCAUUGCCGUGUCGGGUGGAAAAGAUUCUAGCGUCCUAGCACACGUACUUGUUCACAUCAAAAAGAAGCACAACUACAAAUGGGAUCUAUUCCUCUUGGCCAUCGAUGAGGGGAUAAAAGGAUACCGUGAUGAUUCACUAAAAAUUGUAUUUAAGCUUCAGGAAAAAUACAAUUUGCCUCUUAAAGUGUUAAAGUUCGAGGAUAUUUUCUCCUAUACCAUGGAUACCGUUGUUAGUUUUAUCGGGAAGAAGAACAACUGCACCGUUUGCGGUGUGUUUCGUAGACAGGCAAUGGAGAGGGGUGCACUAUUAUUUAAUGCGACCAAGCUAGUCACGGGGCAUAAUGCCGACGAUUUGGCAGAGACGAUUCUUAUGAAUAUGUGCAGGGGCGACCUGGAGAAGCUGGCCAAGGGGGUGGACGCGAUGGCGCCAAUAAGGGGCGCCUGGGAUGUGGGGAAGGAAGAAGUGGAGAAAGCAGAAGUGGAGAAAGCAGAAGUGGAGAAAGCAGAAGUGGAGAAAGCAGAAGUGGACAACGCAGAAGUGAACAACGCAGAAGUGGACAACGAAGAAUUGGACAACGCAAACGUGACCCCAUGCUGUGGCGGCGAGUGUGGGCAGAGGCCCCCAAGUGGAACGGACAAUCCAGAUGGACUAGUAGACGUUUCUCCUGCCACCCAUGUGGAGUCCGCCCCACCCGAAGAGGAACAUGCGUUUUUCCUGCCCCGACUGAAGCCCCUUAUGUGGUGUUACGAGAAGGAAAUCGUCCUGUACGCAUUUUACAAAAACCUCGACUACUUCAGCACAGAGUGUACCUAUUCGCCUAACUCAUUCCGAGGAAACUUACGAAGCUUCAUAAAGGAGCUGGAGAUGAUUAAUCCGCAGUUCAUACUUAACAUUAUUCACUCCUCCGAAUUCUUUUAUCACAACAGUAGCAGGAGGAAGGUGCUCCAGAUGUGCGCGCGCUGUGGCGCGUACACGUCCAAUCCGGUGUGCAAAGCGUGCCUUAUCGUGGAGGGGCUGCGAAAUUAUAAAGACAACUCGUUUCUAUACGCCAGUACGAAGAAGAAGAACAACAACAACAACAAGGGGGGAGAGAAGGGGGAGAGGCGCCGCAUCCCCAUACGGUACGACCCGGGCGGGGAUGCGGAAGAUGCCGCUGCACGUGUGGAAGGUGACAGGAGUGGUAGCAAUGCCAAUGUAAGGGGUGGUGUGGAGGCUCCUGCUUAA